GGUACUAACGGUGACGGCUUCAUUUACUCCCCCUCCAUUCUUCCCACGAUUGGAAGCUCACACAGACUGUAGAUGACUAUUUGGUAGUCCAGACUAAGAAAAUAACGACACUGAGAAGAACCAGUCAUUCGUCCCGAGCGAUAUAUAUAAAGACUGAGGUGUAAAUCAGCACCCGCCUUCUCACUCCUUACACUGCUCACCCAUCUCUACCUACAAAGGCUACUUGAUCAGCAGUCCCAAAGUUAAUAGGAGAAAUUUGCCAGUGAAAGAUGGCGUCCAUUGCAGACCAGCACAAUAUCGGCAGAGUUGAUAAGAGCGACGUCUCAGCCCCGGACCGACACCAAAGAAGCCACUCGAGAAGCCCGAGAAAACCCACCCCGUCCGCCGCCAUCGAGAUCUACCCACAACGUCAAUGCCCUUUCUUCAGCCAACUCCCCCAGGAGGUAAGGGAAAUGGUUUUCAGACACCUCUUCUCGAUGACCCGGAUUUCGCUCGGCGUGCGAGACCUGCCCGUACAGGGCGACCGGGUCCGCAUCAAGUCGGACCCUAACGCAUUGGCCCUCCCCAGGACAUGCAGGCGAGCCCAUGACGAGAUAGGCCAGACCUGGGUACGCCACGUCCU